AAAAGAUUAGAAAAAAAAACCAUGGCGGUCAGCUCGAGCUUAAAAAUAAAAGAAUUGACUAUUGCCAUUGCGAGCCCUUACUCCGGCGACUUCCAUGGUCGGAUUAGGGUCCUCUUCUCGUUUUUACGGAGCUCUGGUUGAUCGGUGUCGGAGCUUGGAGGAGAGUCACACAAGACUUAGUGAGCAGCUUAGGGAGAUGUCGAUCCAGAAAGAUGAAGAUUGUGUCUUGACGACAGAUUCCGGCAAUAUGGCUGAUGAUUAUCCCGGUGAAGACCGUAUUGUGGGUAACUUUUCCUCCGGUAGUCCGUACAAGAAGGUGUUGGAGUCAAUAGGUCAUGCUGUUCUGGUAUGCAGUGCAUCAUCCGGAGAGAUCGUCUUCUGGAAUCGUUCUGCUGAGAACCUCUAUGGAUGGAGAGACUGUGAAGUAGUUAGUCAAAGAAGUUUCACUGAACUCCUUAUCCCUGAAGAUUAUUAUGUUCCAUUACAGAAGAUCAUGGGAAGGUUGUUGCGAACAGGAGAACCAUGGUCAGGCCAAUUCCCUUUUAAGACAAGAUCCGGCAAGAAACUCAUGGCAAUUGUCACCAAAAGUCCUUUGUAUGAAAAUGGCGAGCUUGCUGGGGUCAUAGUUGUUGCAAGUGAUGCAGCAUUGAUCAACAGCAUGGAAGCAGAAAACGCAAGUCCUCGUGAUGAUGUUGCCAAUGACCAAAGAAGAGAUCAACAGCGGUCAAGAUUCAAAAGGUUACAGUGGCACCCUCGGCCACCAAUAGUCCCGGUGGCUCCAGAGAUUGCGUCAUCUGUUUCGAAUCUGGCGACAAAAGUAUUAGCAAAGCUGCAAAUCAAGGGAACUGGGAACGCUAGUAAUGAAAAUGAACAUGGAAGCUAUCGACAAAAUGGUACAAGCUGUGGUAGUUCUCCAGUGAUGAACGAAGUGAAAAAUGAGUCUGGUUCUCCAAGUGUUUCAAAGAAAUCACCAGAUGGCUACUUUGUCAAUUCAGAUUAUAAGAGGGGAAGACCCAGGAAAAGACAUGUUUCCCUUCCACCUAAGGGAGGAAACUCAGGUGGAUGCGGUCAUGAGCUAUUGAAUGUACGUGAAAGGAAUGAAUGCAAUGAAUGUUUUGGGUCAUCCAAACGUUAUAAUUCAUUGGGGAAGUUAAGCACUGAAGUAAAAUCAACAGAAACAAAAACAGAAGAAUCCAACUUGAUGGAUGUCCAGGUCGAAGAUGAAGCACAAAGACAUGGUAAACAAUUCCCAAGUUCAGGAGACAGCAGCAGUGGAAGCCAUGGAAGUUCAUCAAGCAAAGGUGAUCUCGAGUCCAACUCUGUUGUUGACUGUGAGAUUCACUGGGAUGACUUGCAUAUUGGGGAGGAGAUUGGACAUGGUUUCUACGCUGUUGUGUAUCGUGGAAUUUGGAAUGGCUCGGAUGUUGCCAUUAAGGUUUACUUGCGAAACGAAUACAGUGAAGGAGCAUUACAAGAUUACAAAAAAGAGAUUGAUAUAAUGAAGAGGUUGAGACAUCCAAAUGUGUUGUUAUUUAUGGGCGCAUCAUACUCUCGAGAACGGCUAGCUAUUGUCACAGAGUUCUUACCCAGGGGAAGCCUUUUUAAAACACUUCAUAAGAGCAAUCAAGCAUUAGACAUCAGACGCCGUCUAAGGAUGGCUCUUGAUGUUACUAGAGGUAUGAAUUAUUUGCAUCGGAGAAAUCCCCCCAUAGUGCAUAGAGAUCUUAAGUCCUCUAACUUGCUUGUUGACAAGAACUGGACUGUCAAGGUUGGAGAUUUCGGCCUUUCUAGGUUGAAAAAAGCAACCUUUUUGACUACAAAAUCUGGUAGAGGAACGCCUCAGUGGAUGGCCCCUGAAGUCCUCCGAAAUGAACCUUCAAACGAGAAGUCAGAUGUGUUCAGCUUUGGUGUCAUUCUAUGGGAACUAAUGACUGAAUCCAUUCCUUGGAACAACAUAAACACCUUACAGGUUGUGGGAGUUGUGGGGUUCAUGGAUAGAAGAUUAGAACUACCGGAAGGCCUUGAUCCCCAAGUAGAAUCCAUCAUCCAAGACUGUUGGAAAAGUGAUCCAGAACAACGUCCAUCUUUCGAAGAUUUAAUCCGAAGAAUGUCCAGUUUAAUCUCAAGAUUUGCAGCUUUGGGCUCUCGGAAGAGCUCAGAACAAUAGAAUUUUCGGAUUUGGUUUUUCAACUUUGUGCUAACACUUGUCUGUGGUAAAUUUUGUCAUAAUUAGUGUACAAAAAUUCUGCUUAGAUACAAAAGUCAAAUAACGCUUAGUCGCUUACUUCUUAUAAAAAGGAAAAAAAAUUCCUCACUUUCUUGUAACAAGUCCUAGAUCAGAUUGUCAUUUGAAACGAAGUAUAAACAAAGUCUAAGCAAACAAUUAAUAACCUCACUAAAUUUUAACACUGUCUAUUUUUUCAUUGCAUUUUAUGUUAAGAUCAUCUUCAAUGCAAAGUGUAAUUCGAUACAAAAAUGAAUUCAUAUUUUAUUUUGUCCAA